AUGGCAAUAUCUCUCGAACGCCUAAAGCCUCAUGCAUAUCAACAACUAGACACCGACUUACCCCACCGGCCAAAAGCACCGUUCAACUGGCAACUAGACGUCUUCCACUCGCUCCACUGCUUAAACUACGUCCGCAAAUCGCUAGACAGAGAGCACUAUUCCAGCCAUCUGGAACACAUGGAGAGCCUUGCGCGGAACUCACCUCAUCUUCCGGAUGACUGGGGCCGGAUUCAUCUGGAUCAUUGCCUGGAUCAGCUCAUGCAGUCGGUACUUUGCCAUGCAGACUUGUCGCCUGUGCCGAUGUUUUCGUGGGAGGGGGUGCCGCUUUUCUUGGGCGUGGGGCAGACGCAUACUUGUCGGGCUUGGGGGCCGAUUCGGGGGUGGUUGGAUCGGAGGAAUGAGAGAUACACCCCUAUUGAGGAGGAGUAG